ACUGUCAAACGGGUCGUUUUGAACUUUCGGGGCACAAGCCACAAGGGCAUUGGGUCCAGUCAGUGCUAUUGUGAACCAGACCCGCUUGAGUACUCAAUUAGGGUUCUUCCGGUCCUCUCGUAUUCAUCAAUCGGUCACCUUCUUCCGUCCUGUUAAGAACCGCAGCGGAAGAAUGGCAAACCAGCAAGAAAUUUCUAUCGAAGAACGUAUACGCCUGCUGGAAGCAAUAGCAGCUACUGGCAAGUUUUGGCAUGAUUGGGAUAAGCUGAAGAGUAUUCUAUCCUUCCAUCUUAAGCAGGUCCUGGAAGACUAUCCUGAGGCAAAAAUGACCAAUGAACUGCAAAUUUCUUCAUUAGGAGAGCCCUUCCCAGAUUUGGCGAAAAGGUUGGAUGAUGCUCUUAUUAGCUUUGUUGAUGGUCCACCAUUUACAUUACAAAGGCUGUGUGAGAUUUUGUUGGAUGCACGAAACAUUUACUCGAAGCUCUCAAAGCUUGCAUUGGCACUAGAAAAGAAUUUGUUGGUUACAUCUACAUUGACCAUAUCUGCUGAUCCAUCUGCUACGAUGCUAGAAGCAGCUGAAGUGGAUACAGAACCCGAGGGAUCCCAGCAACCGUCAAAUUCAGUACCAAAUGGCAUUACACCUACGGGUCAAGAUCCUGAUGAAAUAAUGGGUGAGGUCGAGGGGGCUGAAAUUGUUGAUGAUGGUAUGACAAUUGACAUGGAAACUUUAGAAGAGAUGGUCAGAUCUGAAACAAAUUCUACUAUUGCUGAACCACCUGGAGAUUCAUAGUUUCCAUGCUGGGUAUUGUUAUAAAUUAGUAUCAGCUCAUUUUCAUCAAAGCUUGCAACUCCAGCCUACUUUAGCAAGCAGGAAAAAACUGGAUUUCUGGUCUCAUUCCCAAGUGGAACAAAUCCAUGUGCCGUAUAGCCGCUCGUUUCAUGGAUGUUAGCAUGUAUCAUGGCUAUAUUGAAGUUGUAUGAGAUCCCAAAUAUUCAUUUUCCCUUAAAAGUUUAUUCUCAAUGUUGCCAAGAUGGUUUUUAGGCUCUGCUUCCUUGUGAUCUUUAACCUCAGAUUUAUGUUAGCUCAAAUCAUGAGUGGGAUGUAUUGAAAUUGUAUGUAAUGGACUAAUGGUAUGCUUGUAUGAGUGUGUUCUAUUUCUAGUCUUAA